AUGUACUCCAUUCCACGCCAAAACCUAGAGGUCUCGUCCACGUUCAAGUUAAUGAUCGUAGAAGGAGGCAAAUAUGGCAUGCACAGAGAGGAGUUGCACCAUUUCACUCUUCUGGACCAAACCAGGGACUUCCUCUCAUACCGAUGCUACUGGGCGCCUUUAAGGCAUGCUUCGACCACCAUAGAGGUAGCGCGUACCGCUGCCCGUGUGGCGCUUACGUUCCUGCCCCUCAUCCUUUUCAAAAAUCGUUGGUCAAGGAAAUACCUCAAGCACCACGAGAAAUUUCAUGGUGUACCGGUCGACGAAGAGAAAAAGGCCGUGCUUCUCAAACGCAUACGUGCAAGGACGCUUGUCUUUAACGUACUUUUGUUCGUUCCUGUGACAUUAUUCUGGUUGGCAAUUCUAGCAAGCGCCGAGAAAACACCUAUCACAGGGCGAUGGCGGCUUAUUAUUCUAUCUCCUGAAGAGGAGGAUGAGAUAGCUGCGCAGCUCAAAGGCCCAAAUUGGUAUCACGCUGUCACUGAAAUUCUCUCGACAGACGGUCAGCCCAAGUUGAUUCCAACCACUGAUUGGCGAUACCAGUGGGUACGUGACACCUUACGCCGAUUGGAGGCUGGAAUUCCUGUAUUACAGCGCGAACAAGAGUUGGCUUCACAUUGGUUAGAUAUAACUCCUGAUCAGCCGCCAUUACCCCCACCUGCAGAGCAUCCCCUACGGCCUCGUCCCAGAGCCACGGACACUAUGAGGAGGUGGUCCGAGGCCCUCUGUGGGCGCAGCUCGCCUCAUUCAGCUCAUGUCAUCGCUGGACCACCAUAUUCACUUCUUAUCGUUGACAAACCUGAUGCAGUCAACGCAUUUUCUUACGGCUUUGGGCCAGAUGGCGCUUGCGGCAUUGUGGUUUACUCUGGAUUUAUUGACAACAUCAUUUCUAAAGCUCCUUCAUCAGCUUUGUCCGCUAGCUAUACGCCACAGACUCUACCUGAAGAAAGCUCGUGGUGGGCACUCCUUUUCGGUUCGCUCUUUGUCCCACCAUUAUCCAUAUUGCCACCCCAUCCAGUGCCCACAGAGCAACAAACAGCCGAACUCGCCAUUCUCCUUGCCCAUGAAGUUGCACACCUCGUUCUCUCGCAUCACCUUGAGACGCUCUCAUCCGUAACCAUCAUGGUCCCUGCCUUGAUUUCCAUGUUUGCUGACGUCACGCGCACCCUCUUGUUCCCCAUCACGAUGCUCUUUGGGCCGUUUGUCAAUGACGCAGUUGCCCAGUUGGGUAAAGUUGGUUCUGGAGAACUGACUAAAAUAGGGGAAUACUGCACGAGUGUACACCAAGAGAUAGAAGCGGAUGUUGUAUCCACUAGGAUCCUUGCGCAUGCCGGAUUUGAUGCGCGUCAGGCAGUAGCAUUCUGGGAACACAAACAGAACGCGCCUCAAGCUGCAGAAUGUUCUCUGACUGGUCCCCCAGAGACAAGCAAUUCAAGUUGGGCGCUUACACGACAGAUCAUGGGUUCCUCACAUCCUAUAAAUGAAGUUCGCAUAGAGAAGCUUAAGAGUGAGCUCGUCCGAUGGGAACUGGAAAAACGCGUUGCAGAGAGGAAGCGUAUCAUGGGAGAGCCGGAACGAAGCUCAAUAUUGGCAUUCGUUUGA